GUGAAUUUAACACUCUGCAGCAGGGCUCAGGCCACAGUCGUGCUGGAAUCUUGCUGUGCAGAAGCCACCCACCAUGGAUCUGAAAGCUGUUGCAGUGACCACUCUCCUGAUGGUGACUCUCUGCCUGCAGGAGUCCAACGCUAAACCCUUCAGUCUGGGAGAGAGGUGCUGGUGCCGAGGUACAGAGAGCUUCGUACCCAAGAGCAGCGUCAAGCAGCUGAAGUUCCUGAACACUCCCAACUGCCCCUUCCAAGUCGUUGUCACGCUGAAAAACAGCAAAGAAGUGUGCAUUAGCCCUCAGACUAAGUGGCUGCAGCAGUACUUAAAGAAUGCUCUUAACAAGUAAGGAGAAACACUUCUUGGCAAAAUUAAAAAGGAGGGAAGAUCAGGCAAUUAAGGACCUGUGCAGGUUAACAGCCGCUGUCCCGCCCUGCCAUGCAGAUAUGUAAUGUGUGCUCUGCUCUGGGCUGCUUCCUGUAACAACACUCAACAACCAGACAUGCUUCCCCAGCACUGAACCUGCCAGCGGUUCACUGCCACCCCUAGUGACACUUUUCUUACAAGUGCAAUUAGAAAUAUAUGUGUAUAUGUAUAAAUAUCUAUUUUUUUAACCAAGAGGUUUUUGGAGAUGUAGCCCUUUCAUUCCUCCACACUCUGUCACAAGGAGCUGUAGUUGAGUUUCUGGGCACAGUGCACUCUGUCACCUGCGACAAGCCAGCUGAGCCGAAAAGAAUCACCUUCAACGUUUCUGAGACCACCCCCUAUUCUGAAAGAGAUCAAAAUUACCGUUGAGCUUUGCACAAACACAGCGCAAGAGAAACUUCAGCACCUUGGCAGCGAAAGACCCUAAGUCAUAAGUAUAUUAUUGGGGAUUUUAAAAUGUUUUUACAGGAGCCACCUGAUUGCAGAAUGAGCCCUUUCGAAAUUGACCUGAGGCUGGCCGAAAGACUCUGGUCUUAAACGAGCUAUAGACAAAGCUGGCCACGAUUUAACUGCCUGCUGUGCGAGAGAAACUCCACCCUCUAACCCAAGACCCGUCGCUGACACGACAAGCUGAUUUAGUAUUCUUAUUGAAUGCCAUAAAACAUUAAUAACGAGGGAAAGAAGCUGCUAAAUAGGAAACAGCAGUGCGUUGUGUGUUGGAUGCAGUAAGUGCCUAUGCUGUCACACAGUGGGAAGAGGCUGUGCUGUGUCAUAUGCCACUCAGUGCCAGUGCUGGAGGCUGGAUAAUAGAAAACAAACACAGAGUAAAUCCUGCUUAUGCAGAAGAUGCUGCAAGAGAUAUUUCUGCAGCACGAAAAUAUGAACCAAUGCUUUGGCCUUUGUUUGUGCUGGGACCAAAAUUUUGAACAGAAUUCUGAACUAAUUUCAUCUAGAGAGGUUGUUUUUGGUUUUUGUUUUAAAUGAAACGAAUAUUUAAAAGGAGAGAAUCACAGAAAGGGCCACACAGUUUUUGCUCGCCAAUUAGGAUGGCGGAAUGAGUGAGGGAGGGCAAUGAGGAGUUAAAAAGAAGCAGCGUGAGGUGGCCAGUGGCCAAAACUGACAAGUCUGCCGCUUGCCAAGGUCUGUCUCACAGCUGCAGACAACUAGAAAAGAAAAGAAACGCCAAGGACCUGAGGGACCAUUGUCAAGAUGGACUAAAAUGUCCUUAUAACAGUCAGUAUGACAUUGUGUCCCGAUACAUCGCUCCUUGUGACUUUAUAUCAACCCUUUUUAUGUAAAAAGCUGCCUUCUGGUUACAAAGCCAUUGUAGUGUUUCCUCUCAGAUCCAGGACCAGUGUUGUCUAGUUGAACUCGGCAGUUGUUUUCUCCAGUUCAAUGCACUUUAGAGAAGUAUAUACUUUACCUUCAGACCAGGCAGUUCAUUUUGUAAUGUAAAUGAACUCUUAUACUUAAACAAACAGCAACAUUAUCUGACUACAAAUUAUAUUUUAUAUUUCUUUCUUAUUUGCCAUUUGCACCAGCAAGUAUUUCAAAACAAUAACAUUUUGUUUCUAUCCUACUUAGUUAACAUUUUGACACACCUCUUUUUUAAGAUUGUUUUUGCAAAAUAAGGAACAGUAGAUUAUUUUUGUAAUUGUCACAUUUUUAUACAUAGUAAUUCUUAUGACAGUACAAUAUGAAGGUAAUUCCCAGAAUGUACUAGACUGCAGUGUUUUCUAUUGUUUUUGUUGCGCAGUUUAAAAUUGUGUUUGUCUUUUUAUUGAGGAAUCUGGAAAACGUCCAGUUUCAAAAUGUUUUAAAUGAUAUCAAGCAUGAUGUGAAAUACACUCACAAAAAUUAACAUGAUUGUAAAACAUAAUAUGUGAAACAGUUGAGAUGUUUAGUCUUUCAGAUGUUAGUCGUAGUCAUAUAGUGAACAAAAUGUGCCCAAAGAUUGCUUUUGAUCAAAAGUUUGAUUGGUCAGAUUUUCAAAAUUUCUAGCCAUGUAUCUAGAUGCAAUUUAACCUACUGUAGGUUGUUAAGUACAGUCCGAAAAAAAAAUCACAGAAUUUGACCGAUCACCCCCAGACAGGUGCAGGAUAGUCCUACACUUCGAAAACCAUACCUACUGUACCUUAUAAGGGAAUCAUAAAUAUAUCUUAUUCCGUAUUUCCUGGACAUUUAUAAUUCAUUCAGCUGCCAGGUCUCUUUGUAUCAAUAGAUCAGCAUUUCAUGAGUUUCUUUCCCUGGCCGCGGAACAAGCGACCUGCAGGAUGAUCUUGAGGUCAGGAAGUGAGACUUGGGAUUUGAAGCCCAGGGCUCAGACGGCUGUGAUAGGUCACUGCUUUCGCACCCGGUCUCCAUUAAUGUUCGGUGUUAGUUUCCACUGAGUGAGUGGCAGGGUCCCUGCUCCGCUUAAUCAAUCAAUGCCCUGAUUAUGUGAGCAGCAGCCUGCGGGCAAACAGAUCAAGGAGAAACACACAAGGAUCUCACAGCAGAAUUUAGUGGGGAUUUGACGGCUGGACGGGAAAGAGACUCUGUGUGGCUUCACACAGAGCCGUAGACAAAAAUUCAAUCCUACCAAAACUGAUUUUCCUAAAAGGAUUAAAAAGGUGCUAUUUCUGUUUUUAUCUGAGAACGUCCGCUGAUUUAAGGUGCUGAUAACAGUGGUAUCUUUGUAUCCCCCAAAUGAACAGGUCUAAUGAUAACUGAAAAAUAUCUGGAAAGAAGAAAUAGAUUUGGGUAAAUUCAGUUGUUGCUGGUAAUCUGGUAAUUACAAAAGAAUUUAGUACCAUGUUCACCCAGUAUUUGGUUGUAUCGAUGUAGCUGCUAACUCAAACAGAGACAGAGCAGAUGACCAUGCAGGGUCACUUAAACUGUAAGUUAAAAACACAAUCAAAAGCUUUUGAUUCUGUGUCUUGGAAGCAUUACAUGAAACAACAGAAAGUAAAACUCUUGAGUCUGUCAUUAUGUAGUUUUAUUGCCAUGAUAAUUCACUCAUGUUUCCUACAGCCUGGCCAAACACACUGUGGACAAAAUACAUUUUGGGAGGUGAAAGUUGAAUUCUGAGACAGGGCCCUCUUUAAACUUAAGUACAAAUUGAGUAUUAUUGCAGGAAUUAAAUAAUUACUGUACUGAUAUUUUAAAAUGUAAAACUGUGAUUGUUUCACUGUAUACCAAUUGUUCAAUGCCAAUGCUUUUUGCUUGUCUUUCUCCCACACAAUGUGAAGAAAAAUAUACUCUUUAAAGGCAGCUUACUUCAUAAAUAUAUGUCUAUGUCAUUCUACCUAGCUUUUUAAUUAGUUUCACUGUUUGUAUGCAGUCAAGCAUAAUACAUUUGUUAUCUCAAUUCACUUGAUAUUUUUUAAAUAAAACUUUUUUUAAAAAAAA